AUGCAGGUUGAGGUCCCGAACUACGGCCCGGCUGAGGUCCUUCGUCUUACUUCUGCAUGCAAAUGCGAACCCGACAGAACCGUGCUUGGGGAGGAUGAGGUACUCGUACACAACACAUAUGCGGGUGUCAAUUUUAUUGACACUUACUUUCGAACAGGUCUUUACAAAAAGCCCCAUCUUCCGUUUGUUCCAGGUGAAGAGGGCGUGGGAACUGUUGUCAAGAAGGGGGUAAAAGUGCUUUCUCCUGACGUUGGUCAACGUGUGGCCUACUAUGGCACUGUAACUGGCUCCUACGCAACGUACACUGUUGUAAAGAGUGCGAAUACGGAGGUGCUGCCAGAUGGCGUCGCCGACAAGGCAGGUGCAGCGCUUAUGUGUCAAGGUCUAACAGCGCACUACCUCACACACGACAGUUACCCUUGUGGGCCUCACUCACGCGUUCUCGUUCACGCCGCCGCAGGUGGUACAGGGUUGCUCGUGUGUCAAAUGGCCAAACUCCGCGGCGCUUUUGUCGUUGGCAUCUGCGGCGGGAGCGAGAAGGCAGAACUCGCGCGCAACGUUGGCCGCGCCGAUCAUGUUGUGGAUUACCUGGCCUUUCCGGACUGGGCGGUGGAGGUGCGUAAGUUGGUGCCCGGUGGCUUUGAUGCCGUUUACGAUGGGGUGGGAAAGAAAACGUUUGAAGGAAGCCUCUCUGUAUUACGCCCACGUGGAUACAUGAUUUCGUUUGGUAACGCAAGUGGUGCCGUUGAGGCGGUGACGCCGCUCCGACUUAAAGAUGCUGGAAGUGUUUAUUUGCAGCGGCCAUUCCUCGGUGAUUUUAUUUGUGAUCCUGAAGAAAAGAAGCGGCGCGUUGCAGAUUUGUGGAAUUGGGUCGCCUCCAACAAACUACAGGUGGUAUACGGCCAGGAAUUUCCCAUGGCGAGGGCUGCCGAGGCGCACCGUUACUUGGAGAGUCGCAUGUCUACUGGCAAAGUUCUGCUCUGUUGCAGUUCCACAGGGAAGUAA